AAGUAUAUAUAUACUCUGACAUGCAUAAAAAAUGAUGGUGACAGGUGUUACCUGCAAUGACACGCGUAGCAGGAGGAAAUGAUGUUGUGUUUGAGAAUGGUAAAUCUCAUCCCUUUGAUGUUAUCGUUUUUGCUACUGGCUUCAAGAGAACUACUCACAACUGGCUUCAGGGAGAUGAUUAUCUUUUGAAUGAAGAUGGACUUCCAAAACCAGCAUUUCCAGAUCACUGGAAGGGGAAGAAGGGACUCUACUGUGUGGGGCUAUCUAGGAGAGGACUUUAUGGGAUUGCAUUUGAUGCCCAAAGCAUAGCCACACAUAUCAACUCUCUUCUCUCAUAAUAUAGACUCUUGUUGAGUGCAAGGUUUUAAUUGAAAUGCUUUAAUUCCAUGUAUUAGUAUAAUAAUAAUAAUAGUAUCAAGGGGUCCAUCGGAUGUGAUUGUUGGUUAGUUAAAUUAAUUAAAAUAUGAGAUGUAUAGUCUCUAUGUAAUGUCAUCAGGAACAUAUAUAUAUUUUUGUCUCUA